CGCGGUAGGGUGGUUUUUUGUUUAGUAUUAUUUGUAUUAGCGUUUUAAAGACCCCCUCCACAGAUAUGUAUACUCCUACAGUACAACACUAAAGAGAAUGAGUAAAAGCAAAUCAAAUAAUACAAUUGAGAAAGAAAAAAAAGAAAAAAAGAAUUUGUUGUCAAAUAUUUGUUUUUAAUGCCUGAGGAGAUCCAAACAUACACAAAUUAAAGAUAAAUACAUAAAUAAACGUUAAUAAUAAAUAAACAAUGUACAUUUACAUCGAUAUAAAUAAAUAGAGCAAAAUAUUUUAAUUAUAUACUACUUUAAACAACUCAAAAAUGUGACGGCAAAUCAAUUCAAGGAAAUCAAAACAAUAAACGUUUGAGUUCAGAAGACUGAGGUUCAAUAUUCAAAAGCAUAAUAAUAUAACCGGCGUUUCCGCUAAACUAAAAAAUAAUUCACUCUAUGCCGCUCUGAAAGCGAACAUUGUGAAAGUAGUAAAUACCCCACACGCGAGAGACCUGUUGGAUUUACAGGGAAGCGCAAACUGUGGGAGCGAAACACCAGAAACAAGAAAAACCAACCAAACAAAAAGGAUAACAGAAGGAACUUCUCUGGAAUUUGGCUUUGGGUGUAACUUUUGCCCUCAGACCGGUAGUUGAGUCUCACAUCGGGGCCUCGGGAAACGAUGACUGGUGAGGAAUGAACACGACUUCUCGCGCGACUAACGUUACCUCAGAAAAAUAAGCGUAUCGGUUGAGCGGUUGCUGAAUUAAAAGGAGGAGUUUCGUCUCUCUGACCAGGAAUAAUGCUUGUGGAGUGUAUAAAAGUGUCGGACUUUGAGGGAAGCUAACAGGCUAUUCAGCCACACCCUCCCGCCGCUUCCUGAUACGCAAGAUGUAGCGGGAGACUACAACCGACGCGCGAGAGUCUCAAUAGCGAACUAAGUUCGUUAUUGUCGCGGAAACCGCAUUAAAACAUUAGCCCGAGCGUUAAAACGAUGGCAAGCAAAAGCGAAACUAUCUGCCACUGGACUACCGUUGCUUUUCUGCUGGAGAGGGCGUAUGGACAAUAGAUAUGCAUAAGGAACUGAGUUUUCCCACAGAACUUGGAUUGUGUAUGAAAAAGAAACGGCUGAAAGUCGUUCGGGAACGUUUUAUGAGUUUUCGAGGUGUCGUGGGAUGAUGGUGCAGUGGCGGCGGGGCGCCCGCGCGUCUCGCGCUUCGGACGGAGGGUCAGCAAGACGGUCAAUACAUCAGCAGCAGCAGCAUCACAUUGCAGGACGUGUAUUUAAAUGCAUUUAAUUUGCAUGACACGAAGAAAACCUGAAAUGACAGAUUUUGGAAGUCAACCUGCACUUUGCCUUCAUCUGGGCAUCUUCAUGGCACUGCAGUAAAGCGUUUUUUUUUUUUUUUUUUUGGUUUGUUGGAGCAACAACCUGUGAAACUGAUCAGACUGUAGCCUACCUUAACAGAGGUAGUUGUGAAUUGUAUUUUUAAUUUUUUCUUUUCGUUAUGCACACCUAAAAUCUGAUUAUUUAAACAUUGGGCAAUUCCGAGUGUUUCAAUUGAAGGGAUAUUUAAUUAUAGCUCUCAUCAGCUUAUUUUGCCCGCGUUUUAUAUUAUAAGAAUAUUUUUCUAAAAUACUUUCCUUAUUCUCGCAAGCGCAUUGAGUGAAGUUUCAUGUUAUUUGAGUUAUCCUGUGUGAGUUCGCAAAGAAGCUGAGUGGACUUUUUCUUCUGAAGGACAUUAUAGACUCUUUGGCCAGUUUUCACUCUCCUUGAGAAGGUGUGGAAAUCUUUUUUUACUGAAGAAAAUGACAUAAAUCACAGAACGUGUGUCGCGAUCUUUAUUUUGAACAUUAGAGCGACCACACUACUAUGGCUAGUAGUGGCUCUGGAAAAUCAGAUAGCGAGGUUUCUACCAGCAUCCUUAGCGGCAGCUUGCAACAAAGGAAAAGACUUUCAUCCAUCUGUGACGCAUGCAAGAGCAAAAUGCAGCUGGUGGCGGACCUGCUCCUGCUGUCCAGCGAGACCAGGCCGGUGGUGAACUCCGACGGCACGGCCAUCGCGGAGACGUUCGAGAAGUGUCGCGACACCUUGAUCGCGCGGACUAAGGAGUUGUCUAUUAUUGUUCAUGACAUUCAGAGCCAGCUCAACAUGGGGAAGUUUGUGGAGGUGGGGGACCGACUGGUGGAGAUGGGGGACCUGGUGGUCUCACUGACCGAGUAUUCGGCGCACGCCGCGUACUUGGCGGCCGUGGAGAUCCCGGGCUCGCAGGCCGCCGUUCCCGGCCUGGUGGACCGCUACAAAGUCACCCGCUGCCGACACGAAGUGGAGCAGACGUGCAACAUCCUCCGCCUGACGGCUCUGGCCGACCUGACGCCGCAGCUCCUUCUGGAGGUGUCGCAGAACAUCCUGAAGAACCUCACCACGCUCACGGACGCUUCCUCUCUGGCCAGUGAUAAAUCCAAGGACAAGUUCGCCAAGGAGCAGUUCAAAGCUAGCGUCAAGUGCAUGAGCACGAGCGCCACGGCUCUGCUGGCGUGCGUACGUGAGCUAAAGGCCUGCCCCAGCGAGCUGACGCGCAACCGCUGCGUCCUCUUCAGCGGCCCGCUCGUGCAGGCUGUGCACGCCUUGGUGGGUUUUGCCACAGAGCCGCAGUUCCUCGGCAAAGCCGCCACCAUCACCCCCGAGGGCAAGGGGGUGCAGACGGCCGUUCUGGGCGGCGCCAUGAGCGUGGUGUCGGCCUGCGUGCUCCUGACCCAGGGCCUCAGAGAUAUUUCCCAGCAUCCCGAGAGCAGCUCGCAGAUGCCCGUCUACCGGGAACGGCUGCGCAACUCCGCGUGCGCCGUCUCGGACGGGUGCACACUCCUGUCUCAGGCACUAAGGGAACGAUCCUCACCUAGAACUUUACCGCCAGUUAACUCUCAUUCUGUGAAUUAAAACUCCUCCCCGGCACGUUAUUUUUGAAGUACCAAAGAAUCUAAUCAGGUUUAACCCCGCAUAGUAUGCGUUAGGGCUGGGCGAUACAUGGAAUAUUGGAAAUAUUAUUUUUUUAACCCCUUAAGCCCGAAGUGUACCGCCGGCAGGACAUACCUCCCUGCGAAAAAACAAAAAAAACAAUUGCUGAGUAAUUCCUCUAAAACGUAGUGUUUAACCCUGCAUAGUAUGCGUUGGGGCUGGGCGAUACAUUGAAUAUUGGCAAUAUUAUCUUUUAAUGUUAAAAGUUUAUCUUAGAAAGACAGCUGUUUUCAAAUCCCAUGCGUAUGUGUAACAGCAUCAAGUAGCCAAACACAAUGACCAAUCACAGGUGUUUAAGUUAGUGGGGAAUCCACUCAAUACUGCUCAAAACGCUGGAGUUUUCAUUCAGCACGAUCACAUAUUGUGUUCUACAUGCUCGCGAAUCCUUUCAUUAUAACUGUAAACAUGAUGUAAAUAAGAGGUUCAUAUAAAUAAGAUAAGUUAAUGAAUAAACUAGUGUUGAUUUUGCAGUAAACGGUAUGUAUUUUGCGACUAACCAUUCUAUCUAGAUCUCUUUUUCAUGGGGGACCAAAAAGAUCACUUUUUUUUUUUUUUUUUUUUUUUUUUAAAUUUUGGAAACAAAUAUGGGGGGGAAAAAAAUCAAAAUUUGAAAAAAUAUCAAUAUUUUUAGCUAUAUCGCCCAGCCCUAAUAUGAGUAAAUGUAGUGUUUAUCCAUCUAAAUUAACUUUUCAUGGCAGUCGGCUUUACUCAAGGUCACAUUUAUUGGUUUUUCUCAUACUGGAUGUGAUUGUGGGGGAAAAAGUAGCUUUUACUAAAAAACUGACAACUUUUCAGCAAUGUCUCUGUCGGUUGAGAAUACGGCCAAAAGUGGUCGUUAUACAACAGAAGCCUUAAAAUGAAACUGAAAGUCUUUACCUCAGUGUUGAGCUGAAUGGAUGUCAUUUGAGACCUGUAGAAAUCAUCAGCAUCAUGUUGUUCGUAUUCCAUGUGUGAAUUUGUAAUGAGUUAAAGCUGCUGUGAGUGUGUGCCAUAGGUUUUACACUAUUUACAAGACUUACAAUUAUAUUUCAAUGUGCUGUUUUUUUCCCCUUGCCCACCCCCUCAUUUUUUAUCAUGCAUGUACUGGAGUAUUUAUUUCAAGUAAUUAAAAAAUGUUGUUUCUCAUAACUGUUAUUGUGUGACAUCUCAGUCUAAAGAUUAAAAUACUUGAUUAUGAGCAAUUGAA